AUGAGUGAAGAUUACACUUCCACGCUUGCCUCCCUCUCCGUCACACAUGUCUACUAUGACCCGGACGACUACAUCUCCCUCGUGUGCGCCUACCUCGCCCUCCUCCCCCAAGCCCUCUGCGUCGUCUACGCCACCCUCAUAUUUUCCACCCGCGAAGCCGAAAUAUGUCUAGCCUUUGCCGGCCAACUCGCCUGCGAGGCCCUCAACUUCAUCCUCAAGCGAGUCAUCAAGGAGGAACGCCCGCGCCGCAUCCACGGCAAGGGCUACGGCAUGCCUAGCUCGCACGCCCAAUUCGUUGCUUUCUGGAGCCUCUCGCUCGCCCUGUUCCUCCUGGUACGCCAUAAGCCGCUGGCCCAAGGGAAGUCAUCGGCGAGGGCCACGAUAUUCGACGGCGGCCGGCCCUGGACUCUGGUCGAGAGGUUGGCUGUAAGUCUUGCUGGAGCGCUCGUGGCGGCGGCAACGGCGUGGAGCAGGAUUUACUUGAAUUACCAUACAACGACACAGGUGGCUGCAGGUGCGGCUGCGGGACUCAUCUUUGCGCUGGUCUGGUUUGUGGCGACGGAGAUUAUUAGGAGGACGGGAUGGCUGGCUUGGGGCAUUGAAUUGCCUCCUGCGAGGCUGCUGAGGAUACGCGAUUUGGUGGUGGAAGAAGACAUGUGCCAGGCAGGGUGGGAAAAGUGGGAAGAGAAGAAG